AUGGCCACCGACGUUCCCACCUUCAGCUACCCCCACCGUACCUCCUACUCCGCCUACCGCGUCCCAACACCUCCACGCAUCAUCGUCCCCCCACCCGCCCUCAACCAAGACCACCUCCCAGACAUCACCCUCAACACCCUCGACUCCGCCUUCACCACCUCCGUCGACCAGAAAAACCUCAUUACGCAAAACGUCUUGCAAGAAUGGACCUACGAGCGCCGGCGCGAAGCCCAGCUCAUCCUGCCCUACCUCUUCCUCGGCCCCAUGACAUCCGCCAAGGACGAAACGUGGUUACGGAAGGAAGGGAUCACAUGCGUGCUCGGCGUGCGGCAGAAGGGGGCGUUCGAGAGCAAGCUCAUGAACGGCGCGUUGCGGAAAGCCGCGGAGAUGGGGAUCGAGCACUACACGGUGGAUUUAGGCGGACAUCAGGACCUGAUCCAGGCGUUCCCGAGCACGUCGGCGCAUGUCCAGAAUCACGUCAAGCACAUGCUCGAGUCGACGGGGCAGAUGGGGAAGGUGCUGGUGUUCUGCGAGAGCGGGAAUGAGCGCAGUGCGGGGGUUGUGGCGGCGUAUUUGAUGGAGGCGCAUGAGGGGGUGGAUUAUAUCAAGGCGAUGCAAUUCACGCAGGCGCAGAGAUUUUGCGUCAACUUUGAUGAUGGCGUGAAGAGGUUGUUGCAGGGGUAUUGGGAUAUCUUGUGCGCGAGGCGGCAGGUGGCGGCGCAGUCGACGGAUAGCCAGGCUGUGAACGGAUCUGCCAACACUGCUGUUCAAAGCACACCCAAGAGGAGCCUGCAGCGCGACGAGGACGAGGACAUCGAUGGCAUGGGCGGAGACGACGUGGAGAGGUUCGGCGGGCGUACGUUUGUGCCGUUCGUCGACGUCGAGGAGCCGCUCUAG